AGGCUCUUGCAGGGAAGGUUGGCUGGAUGGACAGAGCCUCGGAUAAAUCCCUGCUAAUCGCACUUCCUAGCUGCCCCCCCGCUCCGCGCCGCAGACACCGCUCCUCCUGCACCAAGUUCGGUGGCUUGGGUGAAGGUGUAGAAGGUUUGGCCUGAGAGAGCGAUAAUCCUUGCCAGCGGUCACAGUUCCUUGCUGAUCUUCUUUAUAAAUAGGAUAUAAGUGGUCUGCAAAGGAGAAAUCGGAAAAUAUACUCCAACCCCUUGGCCCAGAAGCUCACGAGUUCUGGUGAAGCAGAGUGGGGCAUCCCCAGAAAACCGAGUUAGUGAGAGACAUGUGAAGGACUGUAAGGUGGCCGUGAGCUCCUGUGUGUGCUGUCCACAAAGCUGGGCUGAUUCACUGACACUUGUUUUGGAGUGGAGUGAUACUCCCCCUUCACCUAGCUAUGAUGUCUGUUGAAGGAUCGACGAUAACAAGCAGGAUAAAAAACCUGCUUCGCUCUCCGUCCAUUAAACUGAGAAGGAGCAAGCCGAGGAACAAGCGAGAGGACAUCAGCAAUAAGGUGACUUUGGAGAAAGUGUUAGGAAUAACUGUGUCCGGAGGCAGAGGAUUAGCUUGCGACCCCAGGACCGGCCUUGUCGCAUAUCCAGCAGGGUGUGUCGUUGUGCUCUUCAACCCUAGGAAAAAUAAGCAACAUCACAUUGUAAACAGCUCCAGGAAGACGAUCACAGCUCUUGCUUUCUCCCCUGAUGGAAAGUACUUGGUUACUGGAGAGAGUGGGCACAUGCCAGCCGUUCGCGUGUGGGACGUGGCUGAACGCACCCAGGUGGCGGAGCUCCAAGAACACAAAUAUGGCGUGGCCUGUGUGGCAUUCUCCCCCAGCUCCAAGUACAUUGUUUCAGUGGGGUACCAGCAUGACAUGAUUGUCAACGUGUGGUCAUGGAAGAAAAACAUUGUGGUGGCAGCCAACAAGGUGUCCAGCAAAGUGACAGCAGUGUCAUUUUCAGAGGAUUGCAGUUACUUCGUCACAGCUGGCAACCGCCACAUCAAGUUCUGGUACCUGGAUGACAGCAAAACCUCCAAGGUGAAUGCCACCGUCCCCUUGCUAGGGCGCUCCGGUUUGCUGGGGGAACUGAGGAACAAUUUCUUCACAGAUGUUGCCUGUGGACGGGGUAAAAAAGCAGACAGCACUUUCUGCAUCACCUCUUCUGGCCUCCUGUGUGAAUUCAAUGAAAAGAGGCUGCUGGACAAGUGGGUAGAGCUGAGGAACACAGACAGCUUCACAACAACUGUGGCGAACUGCAUCUCUGUGAACCACGACUACAUCUUCUGUGGUUGCGCUGAUGGUACGGUGCGGAUUUUUAACCCUUUGAACCUGCACUUUGUCACUACGUUGCCGAAGCCACACUUCCUGGGAAUGGACAUUGCCAGCGUCACUGAAGCCAGCCGUCUCUUCUCUGGUGUGGCGGAUGCCAAGUAUCCAGAUACAAUUGCCUUGACCUUUGACCCUACCAACCAGUGGCUAUCAUGCGUAUACAAUGACCACAGCCUGUAUGUGUGGGAUGUCAAGGACCCGAAGAAAGUGGGCAAGGUUUACUCAGCUUUAUACCACUCCUCCUGCGUGUGGAGUGUUGAGGUGUAUCCUGAAGUGAAGGAUAGCAACCAGUCAUGCCUGCCCCCAACCUCGUUCUUCACCUGCUCUUCUGACAACACCAUCCGGCUCUGGAACACAGAGAGCUCCAACAUCCACGGCACAGUUCUGCACCAGAACAUCCUCAGCCAUGACCUGAUGAAAAUCAUCUAUGUGGAUGGCAACACGCAGGCUCUGCUGGACACCGAUUACAACUCUGGUGGGAACACAGACAAGGCUGACGCCCAGGCCUUGGAUACAAAGGUGGGGAUUCGCACACUUUGUGUGAGCCCCAAUGGAGAGCACCUGGCCUCAGGCGACAGGAUAGGCACUCUGAGGAUCCAUGAGUUGCAGUCCUUAAGGGAAAUGCUGAAGGUGGAAGCCCAUGACUCGGAGAUCCUCUGCCUGGAGUACUCUAAAUCUGACACGGGGUUGAAGCUCUUGGCAUCAGCCAGUCGGGACAGACUGAUCCAUGUAUUGGAUGCUGGGAAGGAGUACAGCCUGCAGCAGACUCUAGAUGAGCACUCAUCUUCCAUUACAGCUGUGAAGUUUGCAGCCAACGAUGGGAAGGUGCGAAUGAUCAGCUGUGGAGCGGACAAGAGUGUCUAUUUCCGCACUGCACAGAAGACAGGUGAGGGGGUCCGGUUUACCCGGACACACCAUGUCGUUAGGAAGACCACUUUGUAUGACAUGGAUGUGGACCCCAGCUGGAAAUAUGCUGCCAUUGGCUGUCAAGACCGUAACAUUAGGAUUUUCAACAUAAGCAGUGGGAAGCAGAAGAAGCUAUACAAGGGAUCCCAAGGUGAAGAUGGCACCCUUAUUAAAGUGCAGACUGAUCCCUCCGGUCUCUACAUUGCAACCAGCUGCUCUGACAAGAACCUCUCCAUCUUUGAUUUCUACUCUGGCGAGUGUGUGGCUACAAUGUAUGGUCACUCUGAGAUUGUAACUGGGAUGAAGUUCAGUAAUGACUGCAAACACCUGAUCUCUGUCUCUGGUGACAGCUGUAUCUUUAUUUGGCGCCUAAGUUCGGAGAUGACCAUCAGCAUGCGACAGCGACUAGCUGACAUGAAGCAAAGAGGGAAGCAGGUGGAGAAAUCGCCACCACAUAAAACAGCUGGACUCGUCAGGCACGAAUCCAUCUCCGUCCUAUCCCCGGUGCCCGUGCUUUCAUCAGACAGCGACAAAGAUGGUGAAGAUGAAGGGAAUGAUGAAGACGAGUUAAAUGGGCUGCAAUCUUUCCAAAUUCAAUCCACCUGCAACACUGAGAGAGACUUGGGUAUAAAUGGGAAAGACCCAGACCUUUCUCUCUCCAGAAGCCUCUCCCAUUGGGAAAUGAGGAGGGCGAAAGAGGAUGCAGAGAUCCAGCGUUCAGAGACUGCAGUGAACAAGAUGCCCCGGCAGCGGGGCCGCUGGUCCCAGCCAAGCAGCAACAUAGAAAUGACAGUUAAAUCCAUGCUUGACUUGCGCCAGCUGGAGUCUUUCUCAGUCUCUCGAUCCCCCAGCCGAGACUCACUGUCCCAGACCAGCAAUGGGGAUGACAGAGAAGAGCAUGCGGAUCUCUCUCUGCACAUUGGCAAGGUUGGAGACUCCCUAGCUCCUCAGGAGAGCCGGCCUUGCAUCCGACCCCAAAUGAUUCGGCUUGUGUCCUGUGAAGAGGGUGUUUUUACUCAGGAACUGGAGCCAUUUGAGAGUGAGGAAUGUGUAAUCUACCCUGAUCAAGAUGAGAUCCACCCCACAGACACUAGCAGUGAAUUCCAGGUAAAAGCACUGCUCCAUGGGAAGCUAGGUAGAAGUUACCACAUCAACGGAUGCCCUGAUAAGCACAGCCCUGACAGUGCUUGCUCUGUAGAUUAUAGUAGCAGUCGCCUCUCCAGCCCAGAUCACCCAAAUGAAGAUUCUGAGAGCACAGAGCCCCUCAGUGUGGAUGGUGCCUCAGACCUGGAGGAACAGGCAGAUGGGGAGGAUGAGGAGGAUGCAGGCACGAGCAUGGUGGAGGGGGAGGUCCCCAAGACACCAGAUCAGGAGAAGUUCCUCAAGCAGCAUUUUGAGACUCUGGCCAACAGCAGUGAAAAAGGUGGAUCAUGUAGGACUCUGGAGAAAACCGAAAAUAUCAGCAUUUCUUCUCGCUUUCUUUCCCAGUCCCCGUCUCUCAGGCGUUUGUCACGCUCCUUAUCAAAUCCGAUACUGGAUCAAAAAUCUAUUGGAGCUUCAGCCCAGUCAAAGCAGGUUUCUCCUGAUCUGCUGAAAAAUGGGAACAGCCUGAGAGUCCUGUUUCUGCUUUAUUUCUGUAGGCGUUUGUCACGCUCCUUAUCAAAUCCGAUACUGGAUCAAAAAUCUAUUGGAGCUUCAGCCCAGUCAAAGCAGGUUUCUCCUGAUCUGCUGAAAAAUGGGAACAGCCAUUGUAAUGCUACCUUGGAGAAUGACAACCUUCUGGAUGGUGUAAAUUCCUACCGGUGCAUUUACACCCAAAGAAAACGGAAGUCGGCAGUAGAGACCAAUAGGCUAACUGUGGGACCUGGAAGAGUUAUUGAACCCUUUCCAGAGGCUACGGGGAAUGCUGGGAUGAGGAAGUGCCAGUCAGUUCAUGACCUCCUUCACGAUGAUAAGAGUCCAGGAACAAUGUCCUCUACCAAGCAACGUCCUCAGACAUUAGCGGUAGUUGAGAAGGAUCCAAAACCUAAUAAUUGCAAGCAAUUGUCUGCAAGCCUGCUGAAGAUGGAUGGGUCCAACUCCCUGGUGGUCAAAGAUAGUAAGGUCACAAAACCAAAGUCCUACAUGAAUCCCACAACCAGCUUCAUGGCCAAGAUGUCACGCAGUAUCUCUGUAGGGGAAAAUCUAUGCGUUGGUGACCUUGCUGAAACACUGACUGAGGAAAGGACCAGCUCCCAGGGGUCUGAGAAGAUACAGUUAACUCCCCCCGCAGAGACUGAGAAGAAUAAGUCACCUACAAAAGAAAAUGUCCCAGGAAAGCAGGCCCUUCAGCAAGUUGUAAGCUGCUCAUCACCCAAGCCCUUCCACAGCAAGUUGGCAUCAUCAAAUCGGGCACACCUGAUCCUUGACAUCCCAAAACCAUUGCCUGACAGACCCACGUUGGCUUCUUUCUCACCCACCACCAAAUCCAAAACCCCACUCGAACCAGAGUCUCCUCAAUCUCCUGCUGGGUUCUGCAAAAAGAAAUCUUCUCUUCUUGAAGGGCGGGUCUUCAAGAGGGAGAGCCCAGCUGCUGUAUCUGUUGGACCUGCUAAAGAGAGCCCUGUGGAGAAUCCAGCAUUGAGGACAGAACGCCAGGAUGAGCAGGGGGUUACUAAUCCAAAACUGAAAGAGUUUUCAGAGGGCUUGCACCCAAGAUCUCCAGAAAGCACACUGCCCAAAUGCAGAGAGAGAUUUUCCAGCAUUGGCUGUGUGGUAGAUAGCCCGCUUGGACUUUGCCCACUAGACCCCAUCAGGCCACGGUCUCCCACAACAGUGGCCACCUCGGCACAGGACUCAGGUGUGCAUGGAUACCCAUCUCUAAUCUUCUUCCCCCUUCUGUCUUCUGUCUUUGUGAAACGCUUCACGAUUCCAUCACAUUUCUUUACGUCCAGCUUCUGGCCUGUCUCGUCUUGUCUGCACCUGUCUCGUUCCAUAAGUCACCCCCUCAACGAACGCUCCAUCAGCAUUGAGCAGUGUAAACAUGUUGUAUCUGAGCUCCAGGACAGCAUGCGCAAGGCCGUUCACCUUUACCGCUUGGUAUCAAUGGACAUGGAGUCUUCUACUGACAAAGAUAAGAUUGCUGGCCUUCUGACAGAAACAUUCUCUGUGAUGAAGAAAGAAUUGGACUCCCUGAAGGAAGGAGAAGGGCUCCAAAGGGCCAAGAAGGUGCUAGUGAAGCCACAAGAUGCAGUUGGGUCGCUGAGUGAAGGGAGUGAUGCCGGCUUGUCUAGUCCUACGCGUUUUGGGGAUGAACAGACUCUGGCUUUGCUGGAACAGUACUCAGAGUUGUUGUUACAAGCUGUGGAACGGCGCAUGGACAAAAAACUGUAAAGGGGUGGCGGUCAGCAAAAACACGUAAACUGAUAGCUACAUAGAAAGAAUCCCAAGAGGACCACCACAGUGGAAGCCUCAGACAAGUGCUGUUGCCACCCUGAUCUAUGGAGAGAGAGACCCUUUUAAACUGAUCUCCUCAGCCCCAUAGAGCAGGCAUACCCUAGUUUUUAGCAAUGUGCUGGCCACAGUUUUAAUAACUUUCCCCAGUGCUCUUCAGCUUCCAGUUUGUGAAGACAGCCUGGAAAGAAGAGUGCAGAGAAGUUGCUUGGAAGUCUCUCCAUAGCCAGAUGUUUGGCAUCUCCCAUAAGAACAAAAAAUAAAUUGUUUGCCCAAGAAGGUCUGAACUGAACAAAAGGCGCUUGGAUGAAGCCAAUCCCUCCUUCCCCCGGGCUUCAUCAGAAUCCAAAGGCAGACUUUAAAUGUUCUAUUUAUUAAUUUAUUUUUAAAAAACUUUUGCUCUAAUCUUUUCACAAAUCUUUGGUGGCCAUUUCCUUCCCUUCUCAAACACAACCAUUUUUUUUUCUCUUUUGCUGUAUCCCAGCGAGACACAAUCUCUGUAUUAUAAUAACCCCCAAGAGCUGAGGCAGGCUGGAGUGGCUUUGCAAUUACUAACUAGGUCUUUUCUGCUGCAGCCUGUCUUGCUGAUCUUCCUUUUCCCAGCCCUGGUUUGUUUCCUGCAGUAAUCUUGCUUUUGUGAGGGGUACCUGGUUGGUUUUGCCCAUUGUGUUCAAAGGCUGUUUGGGAUAUAAUUUAUCUCCACUGAGAGGGAGAAUUUGGACCAAACUGUAGAAAUUAUAUAACAAGAAAAUAGUGGCGUUUUAAAUGAGCGUUGGUGAUUAAUCUGUGUUCUAAUACUUCAGAUUGGGUUUUCAUCAGACAUUAAAAAGAAAAGGGUUGAAAUAAUGUUGGAGAAAUGAAAAUACAGACUCAAAGUUCCCUUUAGCCAUAUUCUGAGAGUGGAAUUGGAUACUGAUCUCUUGAUGUUAGUGAGACUGUGGUGAGGGGCAUGGGUUGGCUGUUGAAAGCUUUUCUUGUGAGACGUUAAGUGGGAAGCAUGACCUCCAUCUCUCUGGGUGAAGCCCUUAAUCCGUGUGGUCACCCAUGCAACUGCUGCUCUCUCCCAAUUUGAUGCUUUCAUUGUCCUGGUCAGGAAAGUCAGUAAAUAGCUUCCAGUUGCUCUACAAGGAAAACAGAUUUUCUUAAUAUCCCCAAGGAGCAGAGAAUAACUUACCUUUUCUAAAGGACUCAGAAAAUGAUCGCUCAGCAGAGCUGAGCUGCCAGCAUUGGAUACUAUGGAAUGUAAUUAUCAUCCUUCCCCUACCCUUCUAUGGGUCUCUUGAUGAAGAAAUAGAAAAUCUUUCCCCUGUGAAAUUCUAUGUGCAAUAGCCUUCUUGCCUUAUAAGACGUCUCAAAGCUGGUAGUAAUAGGGUUUAUCGUCAUGACUUACAAGUAUCCAAAGUUGCUAUUGGUCAGUAUCAGAAAGCUAGUAAAAUAGGAUGUAAUAUAGGUGGAUCCAUAUCAAAGCAAGUGGCUACCCAGAGAAGAUAUUUCAUUUUCUUUCUCUGCCUUCAGUCUUCCUCUUAAAAACCAGAGAGAGCAGUAUAGUCCGAGCAUGUAAAACUCUAGUUCAGCAACCAAGCUUCAGUUAGUCUAGCAUUGGAUGUAAAUGUUGGCUGCAUCAGCAAAAGUCCUUUAAAGCUGGUAGCUGGUCUGAGGCAAGUUGUCCAUCAUUUUGGUCUUGUAGCUCUCUGGGAUGGGGCUUUUCUUUGCUGCACUUCGGAAUUAGGGACCUGCAGUGCAGUCUUUGCCCUAGGGCUAGUUGACCCAUCUUUUCAUGGCACUCCAGGACUGAAGGAUCUAUGGUGCAGCCUUUACAGGCCAUCUGGUCGGGAGCCAGCUGGCCCCUCUGUUUGCUGCAUUCCAGGGCCGGGGACUAGAACCAUGGUCUGGGCAGUGCUUAGGGCCAUUUCUCUGCUUGCUGGCUGGCGAUUGUUUGCUGAGCUACAGAACUGACAACUUGAGGUGCAGAAAGCCUGUUCAGAGCCAUUCAGCUGGUUCUUUCCAUCAUGUGAAUCUGUCCAAACAUUUCAGGUGUCCUCUCUGACCUCUGGUUCAGAAGAGUUGUACUGUUCUUCAACGGUUAGACCUCAGAUUGCGAUCUUGCUAGUCCCCUCCCACUAUUGCACUGUGCUGAAUUGAAUGGUGAGCUGGAAUUCUGUGGUCAGCAUCUAUGGCAAAUGGAAAGGAGCGGAUUGCAUAGGCGGAAAAAAAUAAAUGGGAGGGAGGGAGUAGAGAUGCUCACAAAUGGAAUGUGAGAGCAAUCUCUUGGUUCUCUGAUGGGUAUAGUCUGGGUCAGGCUGAAUCUGGGUCAUCCAGCUGUUAUCUCUUCACUUUCAGACUGUGAAAACUUAUGUUCCAGUCCACAGGAGAUUUCUUCCUGGUACUGGGACACAGACACUCAGGAAAAAUAGCAGUACCUUCAACCCACACAACUUCUGGUACAGGAAAUAGUGGCUUGAGGGUUCUUUAAAUUCCUUUCCUUGUAGAUUUUGAUUCCAUUUUAUUUUUAUUUGUAUUUAAAGUAUGAAGUGGUGACAUGGGAUUGGAAAGGAUGCCUGAGAAAGGGUGGCUAUAAUGAAGAGACUAUGCCCCAAAGCCAUUCCUGUUAGAUACAGUAAUCCUGUCCAUUGUGUAUCUUGGACUGGUAUAUCUGAAAAUCAACAGCUAUCAGGAUUCACAGUAUUGUCAGAUAGGACUCCCUUGGAUAAUUUCAAAGGGAGUGAGUUUAAAAAAAAACAAAGAUUUUUGUGACUGCUGAAUGUGGAUAUUCCUUGGACUGUGGGUGUAGGUGGGAAAAGAGCAAACAAGGGGCAAGUGUCUGAUUAGAAUUGUAGUGGGGCAGGCUCAAGCAAGUAGAUUAGGAGGGGAAUCUGUGGCGUGUGUGAUUUUAAAAUAAUUAGGAAACAGAGUCAGAGCUUCCAGAAGAAUAGUGUUGGAAAUAGAAAGUCUUGGCUUCAAGACGAUAGGUUGCCAAUAGAGGGCUUGAAGGAGCUAUGAAAGAUGUAGAUCAGCAGAGGCAGGGCUUUAGGGAAGUAGAACCAGGACUGAGUUUAGUGGUGUGAAUUAAAGAAUAGAUUUGGUAGUUGUUUUAUUUAAUGUCUUUUUAUUAAGCCCCUUUUUUCCCACCUGCUCCCAUCUAAACAGUUGUUUCCUAGAAGGUGUGGGAAGGCUAAGUGUCUAAUCUCAACUGUUUACCUAAGGUUUAGCAUUGAAAGGAGUUUGUGCAGCUAAAAACCUAUAAAUCAAGCUGAUAUCCCCAAGUUUAGUGGUGAGAAGAGGUGAAGGGAGAAAGUGUUGCAGAGAGAACUUGAUUCCAUUGAUAUAUAUGGCAAUUUCCUUGUGAUUUCCCAUUGAUAGCAGUAGGAAGUGUGCUGAAAAACUCCAGUUUUGAGAGCAAAGGGAGCAUAAAUGUCUGUAACAAGACAGCGUAGUUGGUGGCUGCAGGCUGCACAGCUUACAUUUGACCUGCCUGUUCAGCAAAUGUCUUCAUUGUAGUUUAUUCCAUAGUCUGGGGCAGAACUCCUGAACGAUGAUUGGUAGCUGGGAAGUGAAGAGAUUGUGGGAGGAGGCAGUAUUGGAGCCCAGAUCCCUUAUUGGUUGUGCACGUGUGUGGACAGAUGUAACAUAUUAAAGGAAAUUGUUUAGCGAAAUCUUGGAAUUUGGACCUACCACUCUGUGCUCUUUGUGUAAACACCAUCCCUUCUACCAGAACAUUCUGAAAUGACAAUAGUUUUCUUCUCAUCUUGGUGUAGCUUGUGUUACUGUUCCUGAGGGAGCCCUUAGAGCCAUAAAUGAAGACCCGUGAACACACUGGUGCAGUGGAAAGUACUUGAAUCUGAAAAGAGAGACAACUCUUUGCAUUUUAAUCCCUCUAACGCCAAUUCACAUUUUUUGCCAAACAUGGAAACGCACAGGUGGUGCUCUUACAUGAGCCUGCAUUUCUUUCAUUUUUCUCUCUCAGGUAAUCUCCUUCCUAAGGAAUCUCCCAAGUAAUGUUUGGAGAGGGUCUUUUAGCACUCUCCUCGCUCGGCUGAUCUCAUUGAAUCUCUGAGGAAGCAGUACAUUUCUCCAAAGGAGUUGAAACACAUGAACUUUAAAUUUUAAAGUACAUUUUUAAAGAAAAUCAGAAGUAGAGGUAUUUAAAUACUGUUGGUAUACUCAUGCAUUUGUAAGUUUUUCCACUUGGAAUGCAGUAUCCAUGAUAUUAAAUGAUAAAAUCCUCAUCUAGAAAAAGGAAAAAAACAUAUACACAGGACUUGCAGCCCUUGAGUGCUGUUGAGCAGAUGGUUCCUUCUGUAGAUAUGACUAGAAUGUCCAGAGUUUCGGAUUGCUUGCUGUAAAUAAUAUACAGGAUUGGACUGCAUAUUCAUGUGGGUAACCUGCUGUAAUGCAUGGACAGAGAUGCAUGGGGCAGCAACUAUAGGAAUAAGCCAUGUCCACUCUGCAUGUCUUAGUUAUGCCAUAGGCACCAGACAAACAAAUCUUUACCCGUGUUUUACAACACUACCUUUUUUCUCCACCAUUUUAAAAAUACAAAAACAAAUAAAAAUAAACCUUUAUUUAUGAACGUGUGUUUUUUAUACUUUGACUUUAGGUAAAAACAAAUCUUUAAAAUGUUUUUUUUAAUUAUUUGGGGGGAAAAAGUGUUUUAUGUUUGUGGGUUUUUUGUUUUUUUUGCACUGUGAGGCACCCUUCUGGGGGUGUUUUUAACUCUGUAUUCAUUUGUACUCUGUGUCUUAAACAGUUUCAAUAAAAAUGUGAUCAUUUGUUACAAA